UUAAAUAUAAUUAAAAUAUUUUCUACCUAAUAAAAAUCUACCCUUUGUUUUUGUUAUCGGAAGUAAAUAAUUAAAAAAAUAAAUUAAUCAUAUCUGAACGUGUUCGAAUGAUCUGGAGUGUAUUUUCACUUUUCAAGAUAAAGCCAACAGCUUGACUAGAAUUUUUGUUGAUUCAUUAGAAUCAUUCGUAAAAAUCAAAAUGACAUCGAUAGCAAAAGUCACCGUAAAACAAGGUAGAAUUGUUGGUGGAGUUGAUUCGCUUCCAAAUGGAAAUCCAUAUCACUUUUUCAAAGGAAUACCUUAUGCCGAACCACCGUUGGGAAAAUUAAGAUUCAAAGCUCCUGUUCCAUUGGAGCGCUUCGUUGCGCCUGAGAUAGAAUGCAUCAUAGAAGGAAAUGUCUGCUUUCAACGUGAUGAGACUGGGCAGUUUAUUGGUUCAGAGGAUUGCUUAUUCCUCAAUGUUUACACUCCAAAAAUUGAUUCCCAAAUAGGAUUACCCGUCAUGGUCUUUAUACCUGGUGGAGCAUUUGUGACUGGGAGUGGAAACAGUGAAAAAUAUAACCCUCUGUAUUUGGUGCAAGAAAAUGUAAUUGUUGUCACUAUGAACUAUCGCCUUGGACUACUGGGAUUUUUCUCGCUUCCCGAAGGAAACAUUCCUGGCAAUGCGGGUCUUAAGGACCAGAGACUUGUGCUGGAAUGGGUACAAGAAAAUAUUUCCCAAUUUGGUGGAGAUCCCAACAAUGUAACAUUAUUCGGCCAAAGUGCUGGGAGCCUGAGUGUACAUCUGCAUGUCUUAUCGGAAAGAUCUAGAAAAUUAUUCCACAAAGCGAUCAUGCAAAGUUGUGUUAAAAAUAUGUCAUUCUUAAUUGAAGACAGAGCUGCUUUCAAAACAAUGGAACUCGCUAAAACACUUGGUUGCAGUUCCAAUGAUCCCAGCGAUAUAGUAGAGUUUCUACAAGAAUACCAAGAUCUGAAAGAAAUCUCUGGACCUUUGUAUGUCCCACCAACACUAAAUGAUUUAUUUGGUGGUCGUACAGUGCCAGGAAAGCCUACAAUUGAAGAAGAUUCUCCUGAAGCUGUUUUUACAAAAAAAUCUCUGGACGCAUUUAAUGAGAAAAAUUCUAUUGAUAUGCCCCUCAUAAUUGGUUGCAAUUCGGCAGACGGAACUGCAGUUCUGCCCGAAUUUAUUGGAAAGUUGGAGGAUCUAAGAAAUAACUUACGCUAUCUUCUUCCUGGUGGGAAAGGAAAAUUGGAAAUUUUCAACCACCUCGAACUUCCCAUAAAAGAGUUUUAUUUUAAAGAUAUGAACAUAGACCAUUCGACUCUCAAUGAGUUGUGUGAGUUUUUCAGUGAUGUCCUUUUCAUAGUGCCAACUGUUGAAGUUGUAGAGUUAUGUUCAAGAAUGCAACACAAAUCACCACUGUACUUCUAUAUAUUUGACUUUGAUGGUGAUUUGAAUUUACAUAAGAAAAGAUAUAAAUUGGAGAAUGUCGUCAAAGGUGCUGGACAUUCUGAUGAGCUUUGUUAUCUCUUUCAACCGAAAAGUGCUCCAGAACCUUGGAACAAGAAGGAACUGCAAAUGGUUCAAACUAUUUGCAAAAUGUGGACAAAUUUUGCUAAGUUCAAUGACCCAACAUUGGGUUGUGAAUGGAUGCCGGUGAAAAAAAUAGACAAUAAGGAAGAUUUUUCACUGGACGCUUAUAUAAUUGAUGGAACUGAGAGAAUGGUUGAAAAUCCUUAUAAGGAAAGGAUAGAUUUCUGGAUGAAUUUGAGGGAGACAGUAAAUGAUCUACUUAACAUAUCUUGUCGUCCAGCUAAGCUUAAAGACAAGCUACAUCCAGAUUGGAUACCUUCUUUAAACAUGGGAUAUCCGCAAUUCUCGAAACCCGGAGUGGGACGAUACCAAAGGUUAAAAAAUCGAACCAAAUUGAAAGAUGAUGUUAUCCCUGAGGUAGAUCCAGUAGUUACACCAACAGUUGCUGUGGAAGUAGAAGUGGAGCUUAGUGAGCUGGAACAACUGAAACUAGAAUUAAAAGCUAAAGAUGAAACAAUCAAGGCAUGUGAGGAUAAAGCGAAAAAAUUAGCAGAUCAACUAAAAGAAAGUACUGAAAUGUAUGAGCAGAAGUUGCAACAAAACGAAAAGGGAAUGAAAGCAAUGGCUGGACAGCUAAAAGUUAGGAACAUGAGUAUCACUGAUUUCGAAAACAAUGAUUCUAAGGUUCUAUACUUUACCGGUAUCCCAAACUUCACAACAUUAAGUCAUCUAUUUGACUUUUUAAAGGACUAUAUAUCAUCGAGUCCAAUGAAACAAAUUAAUGUUUUUGAUGCCUUUAUGAUAACCUUGAUGAAGUUGCGACUAGACCUACCAUUUACUUAUCUGUCUUUUAAGUACGGGGUUACAAUCAAGACGUUGUCAAGAAUUUUCCAUGAAAAUGUAAUUGUGUUCCAAGCGAAACUAUCUGCAUUUGUUCAUUGGCCUGAAAAAAAUGCUUUGAAACGUAAUACACCUCCGUAUUUCAAAAAAGCCCUUGGAAAUAAUUUUACCGCAAUCAUUGACUGUUUCGAGGUUUUUACUGAAACCCCAGGCGAUUCACUUGCUAAAUCAGAAGUUUUUUCAUCUUACAAGCAUCAUAGUACUCUGAAGUACUUAAUUGCUAUAUCCCCAGCUGGUGCAAUAAUUUUUGUGUCCAAAGGAUAUCGUGGUAGAUGCAGCGAUAAAACCGUAGUUGAGAGUUGUGGUUUCACCAGCAACAUUGAAGAAGGUGAUAUAAUACUCUCUGAUCGAGGAAUGCUGGUAAAUCGUGUAAUUGUGGAAAAAGGAGCAAAACUUUUAAUGCCUGCAUUCCGAAACGGCAGAGACCAAAUGGAUGCUGAUGACCUUGAAAGGACAAGAAACCUUGCCAAGAUAAGGGUUCAUGUUGAAAGAGUGAUUGGUCUUCUCCGACAAAAGUACCUGAUUUUAACAAAUCGUCAGCCAAUAACAGCGACAUCAAAAAUAAACGGCGAUGAAAUGUGUUCGAAUGAUCUGGAGUGUAUUUUCACUUUUCAAGAUAAAGCCAACAGCUUGAAUAGAAUUUUUGUUGAUUCAUUAGAAUCAUUCGUAAAAAUGACAUCGAUAGCAAAAGUCACCGUAAAACAAGGUAGAAUUGUUGGUGGAGUUGAUUCGCUUCCAAAUGGAAAUCCAUAUCACUUUUUCAAAGGAAUACCUUAUGCCGAACCACCGUUGGGAAAAUUAAGAUUCAAAGCUCCUGUUCCAUUGGAGCGCUUCGUUGCGCCUGAGAUAGAAUGCAUCAUAGAAGGAAAUGUCUGCUUUCAACGAGAUAAGACUGGGCAGUUUAUUGGUUCAGAGGAUUGCUUAUUCCUCAAUGUUUACACUCCAAAAAUUGAUUCCCAAAUAGGAUUACCCGUCAUGGUCUUUAUACCUGGUGGAGCAUUUGUGACUGGGAGUGGAAACAGUGAAAAAUAUAACCCUCUGUAUUUGGUGCAAGAAAAUGUAAUUGUUGUCACUAUGAACUAUCGCCUUGGACUACUGGGAUUUCUCUCGCUUCCCGAAGGAAACAUUCCUGGUAAUGCGGGUCUUAAAGACCAGAGACUUGUGCUAGAAUGGGUACAAGAAAAUAUUUCGCAAUUUGGUGGAGAUCCCAACAAUGUAACAUUAUUUGGCCAAAGUGCCGGGAGCCUGAGUGUACAUCUGCAUGUCUUAUCGGAAAGAUCUAGAAAAUUAUUCCACAAAGCGAUCAUGCAAAGUGGUGUUAAAAAUAUGUCAUUCUUAAUUGAAGACAGAGCUGCUUUCAAAACAAUGGAACUCGCUAAAACACUUGGUUGCAGUUCCAAUGAUCCCAGCGAUAUAGUAGAGUUUCUACAAGAAUACCAAGAUCUGAAAGAAAUCUCUGGACCUUUGUAUGUCCCACCAACACUAAAUGAUUUAUUUGCUGGUCGUACAGUGCCAGGAAAGCCUACAAUUGAAGAAGAUUCUCCUGAAGCUGUUUUUACAAAAAAAUCUCUGGACGCAUUUAAUGAGAAAAAUUCUAUUGAUAUGCCCCUCAUAAUUGGUUGCAAUUCGGCAGACGGAACUGCAGUUCUGCCCGCAUUUAUUGGAAAGUUGGAGGAUCUAAGAAAUAAUUUACGCUAUCUUCUUCCUGGUGGGAAAGGAAAAUUGGAAAUUUGCAACCACCUCGAACUUCCCAUAAAAGAGUUGUAUUUUAAAGAUAUGAACAUAGACCAUUCGACUCUCAAUGAGUUGUGUGAGUUUUUCAGUGAUGUCCUUUUCAUAGUGCCAACUGUUGAAGUUGUAGAGUUAUGUUCAAGAAUGCAACACAAAUCACCACUGUACUUCUAUAUAUUUGACUUUGAUGGUGAUUUGAAUUUACAUAAGAAAAGAUACAAAUUGGAGAAUGUCGUCAAAGGUGCUGGACAUUCUGAUGAGCUUUGUUAUCUCUUUCAACCGAAAAGUGCUCCAGAACCUUGGAACAAGAAGGAACUGCAAAUGGUUCAAACUAUUUGCAAAAUGUGGACAAAUUUUGCUAAGUUCAAUGACCCAACAUUGGGUUGUGAAUGGAUGCCGGUGAAAAAAAUAGACAAUAAGGAAGAUUUUUCACUGGACGCUUAUAUAAUUGAUGGAACUGAGAGAAUGGUUGAAAAUCCCUAUAAGGAAAGGUUGGAUUUCUGGAUGAAGUUGAAGGAGACAGUGAAUGACCUACUUAACAUAUCUUGAAAGUAUUUUAAGCGUUUCUGUGGGUUUGCUUAUUUAUUUAUUUGAUUUUUUUUUAAAUGAGAAGUUAAAUUAUUUUAUUUCUAAUUGUGUGUUAUAAAUAACAUAGACGUACAUACAUACU